CCUCCUUCAACUUGGUCUCCUCCUUGUUCUCCUCCCCCGCUACAGCUAUGUCGCCCGCCGCGGACUUCCUGCGUCCCCUCGUUAUCUCUGGGCCGUCCGGUGUCGGCAAGAGCACCCUCCUGAAACGCCUCUUUGCCGAGUUUCCGGACAAGUUUGGCUUCAGCGUCUCCCAUACGACACGCGCGCCCCGCGCCGGCGAGGCAGACGGCAAAGACUACCACUUCGUGCCCCAGGACAAAUUCAAGGAGCUCAUCGGCCAGGGCGCGUUCAUCGAGCACGCCCAGUUCUCCGGGAACUUCUACGGCACGAGCUUCAUGGCCGUGCGGGAGAUCGAAAACGCGAACAGGCGAUGUCUGCUCGACAUCGAGGCGCAGGGCGUCCGCCAAAUAAAAGCGACCAAUCUCAACCCGGUCUACCUCUUCAUCUCACCACCGUCACUUGCGGCGCUCCGGGAACGUCUGCAGGGCCGUGGUACGGAGACAGAGGCAGCAGUCGCGAAACGCCUCGCAACCGCGCUCAAGGAGGUUGAGUACGCGAAGGAGGGUGCUCAUGAUUUGGUCAUCGUGAAUGACGACCUCGACCGGGCGUACGAAAAGUUCAAGCGCGUCGCGCUCGGCGAACCGAUCGAGAGCGAUCAGCUACCCCCUCUGGAUGACUAGACGAUAGACGUACAUAGAUGCGCAAUGUACUAUCACUCAGCCGGUUCUGCAACACUUUUCAC